GGACUUGGAAAACAGUGUGGGUGAGCUUAGUGAAGGACAGAGGCUGACAGCAGCAGCAGCAGAGAACAUCUUCAUGGGACUUUCCGCAUAUGUGCAGCAACCUGUGGCUAAGGCAGAGUCUUCAGAUGAAAAAUGUGCUCUUAAGCCAUCAUCUCAGCAAUGUGACACAGUUGCAGCAGAUGCUGUUUAUGAAGAUUUAUGUGCUAGUCAUGGUCCAAUGAGUUUGGGAGAAUUGGAGUUGCAGCCAGAUCCUCACAUUACUCUUCCCACGACACUUGUGACAGCACAAGAAAGUGAUGUUAAAUCACCGGAAACCGCUGAGCACGGUCCUCAGUACCAACAAAAGCAAGACCAAGAUGUUAAGCAAGUUGAACACAAGCCAGUUCAAAGUCAUUUAAUACGUGUAAGAAAUAAAUCUGAUAUUUCACUUUCACAGCAGCAAGCUUCACCAGGUGAUACGGAUCAGACACAAAUUGAGCCCAGUCUAUACCUCACAUCUUUAUUUACAGGGGGUAAAGCAGUUCCACUCUUCACUUCUCAGACGUCACCUGCCAAGAUGUCUGUGACACUACCCUCAGUGAGCCUGGAAGACUACUCUCAGUCUCUGAGCAUUGGCACUGGCCAGGGGGACGCGGAAUCCUCAGGAGCAGAUACCUUCUGAAUGCCAAGUGAGAGCCAGUACAAUACUUGUGGCUGGUGGUUUUGAGGUCAUUUUCCUCUGGCAUAAAACCAUCUCUCAGGCUAUUUUGGUCCUUCAACAUAUUCAGAAAAACAAUUUAAAAUUUUUUAUUGAAGUGGAAAGCAUAAUUUGGGUAUUUAGGUAACAUUUUUAAAUAAAAUAAUUUAAAUGGC